AUGGUUGUCCCUUUCUUUAAUGCUUGGGCGGUGCCGAAGGCUCAAACCUGCCCUCAUUGCGCAAAAGAGCUGCCCGCUCAAGAAAAUGCGAUAAAUGGAUGGCUGGCUACGAGCCAGCGGCCGUAUUCCAACCGUCAAUUGGCGUGUUCGUAUUUUGGGUUCAUGAUCCUUGUCGCCAGCUUCUGGAUGUUCUACGCACUCGUCAUCCUUGCCGCUUUUUCGCCGCCCGGCGCUACCGUAUACUCUAAUGGCACCCUCGAAGACCAGGCAAAAGCCCUCCGCGCCGGCCCGGCCAUCUUCAUCUCCAUGCUAAUUCCCGUCCUCCCGGCUACCCAUUUCGAGAUCAUUGAUUCCGCCCUACAUCACGGCACGAUGGUCGCUCUAUUCAAGCCACAGAAAGUGCAUCCUCCACGGACGUCUCCGCGCCGGCCGCAGUUGUUGCCACCAGAGGCCAAUCCAGUAAUUGCGAAGCAUGUUGAGACGCAACAGCCGUGGAACCCGGAAUUGGCAAAGAUCCUACUUGUGAUUGCGUCUAUUGUCGUGAUUUGCUGGAUGUUCGCUGCUUUCUUCUUGCAACAGUCUAUGCAAUCAACCCGUUUUGCCGAUUCUCCAACAGUGAUUCCGCCCCACAGCACCCACGAUGGUCGCUCUAUUCAAGCCACAGAAAGUACAUCCUCCACGGACGUCUGGGCCUCAGCCGCAGUUAUUGCCACCAGAGGCCAAUCCAGUAAUUGCGAACCAAGUUGCGGUAAAAAUUUU